AUGUUUAUUUUAGAUCUCAUUGAAGUGAAAGAGGAGAGUCAAGAACUGAAUGAACUGGAGGAGAAACAUCAUGACUUCAAAAUAGAAGAAAAUGAUUUUAGCUGCUCACAGACGGAAAUUAAUUCCUCACAAGAGAGAACUCAAAAUACAGAAGCUGAAAUAUCUUUCACCUGCCCUCAAUGUGGAAAAACGUUCAAACGUAAAGACCGCCUUCAGGUGCAUUUAAAAAUUCACACUGGAGAGAAACCUCACACAUGUCAGCAGUGUGGAAAGAGUUUCACACGUAAAGACAAUCUAAAGAAGCAUUUAAGAAUUCACUCCGGAGAGAAACCUUUCACAUGCCAUCAGUGUGGAAAGAGUUUCACUGAUAAAAGGUAUCUCAAAUAUCAUAUUCGACAUCAUUCAAGUGAAAAGCCAUUUAACUGCGAUCAGGGCGGUAAACAUUUUACGACAUCGUCACUUCUAAAAACACACCUGAAAAUUCAUACAAAUGAGAAGACUUACAUGUGUUCUUGUGGAAAUAAUUUUUUACAACUGGAACAUUUGAAAGAUCAUCAGAAACUACACACCAGUGUUAGAGAUCAUAUAUGCUCUGAGUGUGAGAAGAGCUUCAAUACAGCCAAUGAAUUGAAAAGGCACCAGAGAAUACACACUGGAGAGAAACCUUGCACAUGUCAUCAGUGUGGAAAGAGUUUUCCAUGUAAAAAUAAUCUUAGGAAGCACAUGAGAAUUCACACUGUAGAGAUACCUUACACAUGCCUUCAAUGUGGAAAGAGUUACAGAUAUAAAUCAAACCUUAAUAGACACACGAUAAUUCACACGGGUAAGAAGCCUCACACUUGCCCUCAGUGUGGAAAGAGUUUCUCUGAUAAAAUUAAUCUCAAUUCCCAUAUUCGCCUUCACUCAAGUGAAAAGCCGUUUAACUGCGAUCAGUGCGGUAAACAUUCUAUGAGAACGUCACUUCUAAAAACACACCUGAAAAUUCAUACAAAUGAGAGGCCUCAUGUGUGUUCUGUUUGUGGAAAUGGUUUUUUACAACUGGAACAUUUGAAAGAUCAUCAGAAAAUACACGCUGGUGUCAGAGAUAAUAAAUGCUCUGAGUGUGAGAGGAGCUUCACUACAGCCAACCAAUUGAAAAGGCACCAGAGAAUUCACACUGGGGAGAAACCUUACAUAUGCCAUCAGUGUGGAACGAGUUUUGCAUGUAAAAGUAAUCUUAAGAAGCACUUGAGGAUUCACACUGGUGAGAAGCCUUACAUAUGCCUUCAAUGUGGAAAGAAUUUUGCAUGUAAAAGUAAUCUUCAGAAGCACUUGAGAAUUCACAGUGGAGAGAUACCUUAUACAUGCCUUCAAUGUGGAAAGAAUUUCAGAUAUAAAUCAAAUCUUAAUAGACACAUGAAAAUUCACACUGGAGAAAAGCCUCACAUUUGCCCUCAGUGUUGAAAGAGUUUCUCUGAUAGAACUAAUUUCAAAUCCAAUAUUUGCUGUCACUCGAGAAGCCUUAAGGCCAAUUUAUACUUCUGUGUCAAAUCUAUGCCAUUGGCUCG